CCUUAUCAGAAUCAAGGUCAAGAGUCCACAUCGAUACCUCAACACAAUCUCUUUGUGGCCCUGUACACGGUAAACGGUUGAAAUGGCACACACAUCUCAAAUUGUCGUGUUGGUGUGUCUGUUUGGUGUGACUUUGGCAAACUACUAUCUCAAACCACUGUCCUACACCAAACUUCCGGCCACACACACGACUAGCGAAACCUUCAAACUAUUUGGAGGGACUGCCGAGGAGGGGGCAUAUGACCCAAUAAAGAAAAUGUUGUACGUUGUGGGAGAAACAUCAAGAUUACUGCACAUCCUCGACGUAUCCGACCCUGUCAAUCCCGUCCGGGUUUUAACGCACCAGUUUAGUACAGCAGAAGGCAGGCCGCGCGACAUUGCUCUAUGCGGCGAUGAGAUCGCUGUCGCACUCACUUCCGGUAUCAGAGACGUAUACGAGGGUCACGUGUAUUUUUUUAAAACGUUCUCCAAAGGUGACACCGCCCUACAGCCCGACGGAAGUCGUCUCCCAGUGGGGUCCUACCCUGACAUGCUGACGUAUACCUCGGAUUGUUUGGAGCUGUUGGUCGCCAAUGAGGGAAAACCAGGACGAGAUAUCAACAAUAAGUUUGUAGACCCCCCAGGUACUGUCCAAAUCAUCCGCAGAGAAAGGACUGGCAGUCCAUCGGAGAAAAUAGCAGACUUCCUACAGUUCAAUAACCGGUAUGACAUCCGUAUUCCGGGGCGUUACAUACCCGCAGGCACGUGGCCCCUUCCUGACCAAAUCACAGUCGCACAAGGGCUAGAGCCCGAGUAUAUUGCGAUCACACCUGACACCAGAUACGCCUUCAUCACAUUACAGGAGAAUAAUGCCAUCGCUAAGUUAUCCGUUGCUGAUGGGGUGAUAACGGAUAUAUGGCCUUUAGCCCCGAAAGAAUGGAGGGACAUUGGGAUAGACUCCACAGACAGAGACGGGGGUAUCCAUUUGCGGCAAUAUCCCUGGGUAAGUCUGCAGCAGCCGGAUAUGGCCAAGGUUUUCACUUUAGGAAGAAAGACCUUCCUGUUUACCGCCAACGAGGGCGCCCCGACGACGUAUACAAGCAGUGUACACGGUUUCAACUGGGCUGACAACGCCAGGUCGGACGCACUUGUGAGAGCAAAGAAAUUCGACGAAGGCAGGAUCAACAACGCAACGUUUUAUAAAGAUUUGGCUUUAGAAAGCAUGGCAGGCUACCUAACCGUCAGCAAUAUCGACUAUUUUAACCAGUUUACCGAUAAGCUGGAAAAGGUGACGCACUUCGGUGGGCGUGGCUUCUCUAUCUGGGACACGACGGAUAUGAGCCUCGUUUGGGACAGUGGAGAUGAGAUUGAGAAAAAUAUGGAGCUGCUUAUGUACAACGUAUUUAACUCCGACAUCGUGUCCUCGACCAUCACGUAUACGUCACCGGAGAAUCUCCGAGACACUACGUCUGAUCUCAUGGGCCCAAAACUGAACGGGAUGGACCUGCUGAUACAAAAGAAUGGUUCCGACUUCCUGUUGGUCGGGAGCGAGACCGUCGGCGCCCUCUUUCUUUACACCAUCAACUCUACCAGUGGUACACCUAUCCCUAGGUUCGAGAGCGCCCAUCGCGCGGGCAGAACUGAUUUUGUCUGGAAGGAAUUGUAUGACAUGGACGAGGCUGGUGACGCCCAUAUUUCUGCAAUAGGAUUAAUUUCCGCUGCCGACAGCCCAAACAACAACGCGAUGGCGUACGUAAUCAGUGACGCAUCGGGCAGUGUGUCGCUGUACAGCAUUGAAAAACAUUCCAACCCCGACUUCAUCUUCGGAUAGCGACCGGAAGUGCCAGAAAG